CUAAGAAACAAUAAUCUUUCCGGGCAAUUAGAAACUUAAUGCGAGAAAAAUUAAAACAAGAAGUGAAGAAAAACGUUUGAUAAGCCCGUUUGAUGAUAAGUCCAAGCGUUGUGGUGGUGGAUUCUAUAAAAUUGAAACAUUAAAGGACAAUAAUAAAAUACCUUACUGUACAUAAGAGAGAGGAUGAUCACCCUGGAGGUAGUGGAGUUGGUUAGAAUUUCUGGGUCUAGGAGGAGAUUUAUCAAGAGGGAAUGAGGAAUCCGGCGGCAUUGCAUUUGAUCGGGAUAGCGGCAUCCCCUGGAGGAGGUGAAGUUUUUGGUUCGCGGGCCGAGGAGGAGUUGCGCCAGUGGCUCGAAGCACGCCUGGACGCAUUGGGGAUUGACCCUGUUGCGUACUCGCGUUUGGUGCUCAGCCUAUUGCGCCGCCCCGACUCGGCCCUAAGUCCUCCAGAAGAGGAUUUUGCAACUGAGUUAGGUACUAGGAGCACAGGAUGUCGCAUACGUGUCCGAUUUAAAGCAAAGCUGCCAACACAUGGUGACGGGGAGCAACGCCGAACUGUUGUGCAAUAUCUGACAAGUGCCGCUGAUGACAAAAACGGAGUGGAAACGCUGGUUGAUGAAUUGUGCAUAAAACUAAAAGAAUUGGAGGGAGGAAGUUCGCGUAAUGAGAAAGAAGAAUCUAAGAAAUCUAGUGAUGAACCAAAAACGAAUUUAGAAGCACUCACACCUCGUGACAGAGCUCUCAGAUACUACGCAGCAUUCCCAGCUUUGCAGUCUGCAUCCAUCAAAAAGUCUCCGCAUAAAAAUUUUGCCAACAGUACCAAUAAUAAAACCAUUACCAUUGGAAUUAAUUUCCACAAUAAUAAAAAUAACAGCGCUCGCAAUAAAAAAACAAAAAUGUCUAUUAAUCUUGUAAGUAUUGUUUCUUUAUUUGUUUUUGAAGCUUUAGUUAUGUAGUAAUUUACCACUACA